AUGGAGUCGGAGAGCUCGAAUGGGUAUAAGCGGAAUUCGAUGCACCAAGGUGCCCACAGCCGCCCGGUUGAACGGAGGCCCAGCAAGAAGUCGUCUUCGAAGGACCGCCACGAACCCGGAAACGAUUCACCUCUGUCGGAGGUGGAACGCCUCCCCUCAAGUGCAGCCCCUUCUCCGCGUGCCACCGCUCGACCAAGGCCCUCCGAUCGAGAACAUCGACGCGACUUCAACUUAUAUCAAUCUGCUGGAGAUGAAGAUGAUGCACAAUCGGACAUGACAAGUCAUCGGGCUCGCUCUCGCACUGCCACUCUCGAUGAUCAGAGAAGCGAUAUAUCCUCCAAUUCCCUCCUCGCCCGUACACGCAACCGCCUGGGUUCGAUAAAUGCCACCCCACAACCGAAGACUCCGGAAGAUCAUUCGAUUGGGUUCCCGUCUAUACAAUCCCCUACAUACGCCCCCCGAACACCUGGUCAACAACGGUUGAGCAGGUCUCCUGGAAGUUCGGGAAUGGGACCGUCAUCUACGGAUAGUUCAAAGGUCUUGCAGCUUAUGAAGACGACAUGCGGAAGAAUGCAUGGCAUUCUUUCGUUUCGACCGUCUUCUACUACCCCUUGGACUUCGGGCUACUGUGCUAUCAAUGUCGCUAUGGGCAGUCUGAUAUAUCAAGCGAAAGGGGAGCCUGCGCUGGCAAAAACACUCAUUCCAGAUUUACGUGGCUGUCAAGUUCGCUCUCUUGUGGAUCCCGAAACCCGAGUAAGUUAUCUCAGUGUUUCGACCUAUACGUCAGGCCUUGGGGUGGAAUUGAAACCCCAUGUGAGCGAAACAUUUGAUUCCUGGCUUGCGGCUCUGUUAUGUUGGCAGCCAAUCAGACCAAAAGGCGUGCAGAAUAAGAUGACGAAGCCGCAAUCUGUCACAAUAACCGAACGUCGCCUGGCAGAUCGCAGGAGGAACUCUGAAAGCACUGUGCAGAAGGACGCCGCUAUUAUAAAGGUGGGAAAGAUGCUUCUAUGGGAUAGACCAAGCGCCUCAGGAGUUCGACCGUCUUCCGGUCGUAGAAUUUCGACUUUUCGGCAGCAACGCGCCUUAUCUUCAUCCUGGCAAAAGGUGAGCUGUACACUGCAGGAGAAUGGCGUCUUCAGACUCUUUACUGAGUCCGACAUUACACUCGUCGCCUCCAUACAAUUGUCCCAAUUGUCACGCUGCGCAAUACAGCAAUUAGAAUCCUCCGUUUUGGAAGAUGAAUUUUGCAUCGCGAUUUAUCCGCAAUAUACCGCGCAUUCUGCGUCUGGCUUGACCCGCCCGCUUUACCUCGCUCUCGAGAGCCGGGUGCUCUUUGAAGUAUGGGUUGUGCUCCUGCGAGCCUUCACCACGCCAGAGCUUUACGGCCCGGCCACCUCAGCCAAUGAUGACACCGUGAAAACCCCGAGCGCAACCGACAAUAAUAACCCAAGCACAACACCUCUUUCGGACAUGUUCAGAAUCGAGAGGCUACUAACCGUCAAGGUGACCGAAGCGAAGAUGUUCGGCAGUAAAGGCGCGGAUGAGACGCCUCGGAGUCGGAAGCAGUCCCGUUCUCACCUUACGACGACCACGGCACCUGCAACCAACGAUUAUUACACGGAGGUGCUCUUAGAUGGGGAAAUACGAGCGAAGACCGCCAUCAAAUAUCGUACACCUAAUCCAUUUUGGCGGGAAGAAUUUACCUUCAAUGAUCUUCCUCCAAUCCUAUCUCAGGUUUCAAUUAUGGUGAAAACUCUCAAUCCAACACAACGCGAUUGGUCAUUAGUGGCACAUGGCGCAUAUGCCUUGAAUCAGGACACAAACCCCACCCGUCUAUUGGAUGAUGUUGAGGUAUCGUCUCAAGACGCCAUGUGCGGAAGGGUGGAUAUCAAACUAGACGAUCUGGAACCAGGCAUCGAGAACGAAAAAUGGUGGCCCAUUCUGGAUGAGAAGGGCCAAUGUGUUGGUGAGAUGUUGAUGAGAGUUCGGAUGGAAGAGACGGUUGUGCUUAUGUCUCAUGAGUACACACCGAUGUCCGAACUUCUCCAUUCGUUCUCCAACGGUCUUACCGUGAAUAUGGCCCAAAUCAUGUCAUCCGAACUGAACCAGCUGUCUGAAGCACUUAUAAAUAUCUACCAGGUGUCAGGAACUACAGUGGAAUGGAUAUCAGCGCUUGUUGAGGACGAGAUCGAUGGUAUUCACAAAGAGUCCACGGCGAACCGACUCCGAUAUACGACCCGGCUCCAUUCCAACGACACCCGAGAAACCGGCCAGGACAGGGAGGUCCUCGUUCGCGAUCUAGGACGCACCGCAACGGUAGAGGCGAAUCUUCUCUUCCGGGGGAACUCUCUGCUCACAAAGGCCCUUGAUUACCAUAUGCGUCGACUGGGCAAGGAAUACCUAGAAGAAACGAUUGGUGAACGACUUUACGAAAUAGAUGAAACCGACCCUGAAUGCGAAGUCGACCCGUCUCGGAUACAUCGAGCAGACGACCUCGAGCGCAAUUGGAAAAACCUGGUAAACCUCACUACAAGUGUUUGGAAGUCGAUUGCUGGAUCUGCGUCACGAUGCCCAGCGGAGCUGAGACUCAUCUUUCGACAUAUUCGAGCCUGUGCCGAUGAUCGCUAUGGUGAUUUCCUCCGCUCGGUCACCUACAGCAGUGUCUCUGGCUUCCUCUUCUUGCGGUUCUUUUGCCCCGCAAUCCUCAACCCGAAGCUGUUUGGAUUGCUGAAAGAUCAUCCACGCCCACGCGCUCAGCGUACUCUGACACUGAUCGCCAAAGCUUUACAAGGCCUGGCCAACAUGACUACUUUUGGAAGCAAAGAGCCUUGGAUGGAACCGAUGAAUAAGUUCUUGGUCGGCCACCGAUCUGAGUUCAGAGAAUUCGUGGAUUCGAUCUGUGCGAUACCAGCUGAUCGCCCGGCUCCCAUUGUUACGCCCUCCUAUGCCACUCCAAUCCAGAUUCUUGGCCGUCUACCACCUCCCUCACGAGAGGGAUUCCCCAGCCUUCCCUUCCUAAUUGACCACGCGCGGAGCUUUGCCAAUCUAAUAAGGAUAUGGCUGGAAGUUUCACCACCGAAGCUGGCAGCUCUGGAAGAGGUAGAUGCUGCCAUUGCGCAAUUCAAUGAAAUCGCAAUGCAUCUACAAAAACGGACCAAGGAAUGCUUAAACAGGGCAGAACAGGCAGAGCGUCCAAGUGGCAACCUGGAGAUAAAGUGGGAGGAACUGGUUGACUCUAUGGAACGCUCUGUGACCUUGUCCGAAGAGCCCUCGUCCAAACCCGCCACUCCCGCUCUAGCUCCGACUUCCGCUCUAGGGCCUGAGACCGUCGUAUCAGGAGCAGCAUCUCUUACCGGGAGCCAUCGCAAUUCCAUCGGUUACUUUGCAUCUAGACCGUCCUUACCUCGCCGUUCCACUGAUUACGCUCCUGAAGCCGACGAGGAGACACCACCGAGCUCAUCGUCUGCUACCUGGGACCAUGCCAGGGUGCCUUUCUCAAUACCAAGAUGGUCAGAACCUCGGGAUAGCACUGGGAGCUCCAAAAACUCUUCAACCUACUCACUCGAUUAUCCCGAUGCUUCCAAGUCUCGUCGGUCUAGCAUGACCCGGGAGACAACGAGCAAAUACGGGAGAUUUUUUGAUUUCGUACCUGCACCUUCCAGACGCAAGGGCAAAGACCGUGACACCAACCAGCAGCAAUCACGCGAAGAACUACGGAACGAAUUUUGA